AUUGCAUUGUUUUUCAGAUUCAAACAACUAUGAUGCUGGCUUCUGGGGUUACAAAAUUUGGAAUUUCUGUCAAUCCCAAAGGGAUAAUAAGUACUCUAUCAGUAAAGGCAAGUGAGAAAUUUUUGCUUCCACUUAUGUUCUAUAAUUCCAUUAACUUGUUUUGGGUUAUUUUCCUUUUCUUUUCUUUUUUUUUUUUUUUUGUUGAAACAUUGGAAAUAGGUUUAUAAGUCACUUUUAUAUCAUAGUUCUAACGAUCCCUGGCAUUUUAUCAGGUUACAAGUGCUUCCAUGGUAAAGUGCUCUGACAAGCUAAGCAGAGAACAACUAUCUCUUUCAAAAAAUGUUCAGAAUAAACAGAUAAAGAAGGUGGGAAAGAGAGAGCACCACUUGUGGAAGAAAAGUAAUUCAUCUGGAUCUGGGAAAAAGGCACUCAGUCUUGUUCGAAUUGUUUCUGACCUUCCUAAUGAGAAAGAGGCUGUUUAUAAAGCAUUGGAUAAAUGGGUAGCUUGGGAGACAGAAUUUCCAUUGGCUGCUACUGCUAAAGCUUUACAAAUCUUAAGGAAGAGGAGCCAAUGGCUUCGUGUGAUUCAACUGGCAAAGUGGAUGUUGGGCAAAGGACAAGGCACUACAAUGGGAACCUAUGACACACUUUUACUGGCAUUUGACGUGGACAAGAGGGUAGAUGAGGCUGAAUCAUUAUGGAACAUGAUUUUGCAUACACAUACACGCUCCAUCUCAAAACGGUUGUUUUCAAGGAUGAUAUCAUUAUAUGAUCAUCAUAACAUGCCAGAGAAGAUGAUUGAGGUAUUUGCAGACAUGGAGGAGUUGGGUGUGAGACCAGAUGAAGAUACCGUUCGGAGAAUAGCCUCUGCCUUUAAGAAACUUCGCCAGGAAGAGAAGCAGAAGCUGGUUCUCAGAAGGUACAUGUCUAAAUGGAAGUUUGUACACUUUCAGGAUGAACGUGUGAGGAUGAGAAGAUACCUAUCAGAGGACGAAGAUUCAAUAAACUGAAAUGGGACUUCAUAAAAUUUACUCUUUUAGUCACUGGCGAAAAAAAAAAAAAGUUUACGGAAAAAGCCCAUUGCUUUUGCAUUUAAUAAUUCAAUUUUAUGGUG